CACGGACUAUUUUUUUUAAACUCUACCACAACAGAAGAGACGGAUAAUCGCAGAUAUGUCGUCUUCUGAAGAAUCAAAGGGUCUCACUUUGACCGUGCUCGGCUCAGGUAUGUUGGAGUUAUUCUUUUGUGUGUUCGAUAUCUGGAGUACAACAUGGGCAUGGGAGCACGAGAGCAACCGCGCUUGAAAAGAGAAAGUUUCAUGAACCUACUCUCUCACAAGAGAUACCCCCAUCCUGCUCCAAGAAGACAAGAGAAAAGCAGCCCCCAACCCCCAGCACCCCCUCACAGCCCAUCCUCACCCUCACUCCCCCAAACCCAACCCACGAAACUAACCCCCAACAGGCACAAUGGGCAUCGCCAUAAUGGGCGGCGUAAUGUCGUCCCUCGCCGCCGCAAAAACGCAAUCCACCCUCUCCCCCUCCACCCCCAAAGACACCCCCAACCUUUCCAACUUCAUCGCCUGCGACCAAUGGGCGCCCGCCGAAGAAAACGUCCGCAAAGCCCUCGGCCACUACUCCUUCCCGCUGCAAACCCUCACGAACCAGAACCUCAAAGGCGUCAGCGAAGCAGACAUCGUCCUGCUCUCCUGCAAGCCGCACGGGUACAAGGACAUCCUGGGCGAAGCGGGCGUGCGCGACGCGCUCAAGGGGAAGGUGCUGGUUAGCAUCCUGGCGGGGGUUACGCAGCGGCAGCUCGAGGAUUUCUUAUAUCCUGAGGGGAGUGGGAAGGUGGAGGGGGCGUGCAGAGUGGUGCGCGUGAUGCCUAACACGGCGUCGUUUGUUGGCGAGUCCAUGUCUGUUAUUGAGACGUCGAAUCCGCCGCUGUCGGAUACACAUGCUGCGCUUGUCAAGUUUGUGUUUAGCUCGAUUGGUCGUGUUGUUACGCUGCCGCCGGCGAUGAUGGAUAUCUCCACUGCGCUGUGCGGGUCGGGACCGGCGUUCUUUGCGCUGAUUCUGGAGGCGGCGGCGGAUGGGGCGGUCGCGAUGGGAUUGCCGAGGGCGGAGGCUCAGCUUAUGGCUGCGCAGACGAUGCGCGGGACGGCGGCGUUGGUGCUGAAUGGGGAGCAUCCCGCGGUGCUGAAGGAUAAGGUGUCCACGCCUGGAGGGUGCACGAUUGGCGGGUUGAUGUCACUGGAGGAGGACGGCGUGAGGGGGAGUGUGGCCAAGGCGAUUCGCGAGGCGUGUGUUGUGGCGAGUCGGUUGGGCGGAGAGAGCAGGGAGUUUGUGAACCAUCGCCGGUAGGUAGAUGGUGAGGGGAGUCGGGGUUGGAAAAAACAGAUCACAAUGGACCGACUGGAAGCACACGAUAGACCAUGAUGAAAUGAGAUACCAAUACACACCGGAAUAUGUAUUUUUAUUGUCUUGUACCUACCUAGACCUACACCCACGCCCCUAAUCCCGCCCCGUUUGAAUUUUUCUACCAGAAGAGGGUAUAAUAAAGUACAAGAAAUAGAGUAGAGAACCCAGAUGCCCUACCCAAU